UCUUUCAUACCAAAACAUACGGCCGUUCAUAGAUUGCCAGCCAACGAAUCCUAACUCUAUUAAUAAAUUAUACAAUUCUUCUUGAAUUAAAAAGCACAGUUUUGCGAUUAAUUUCGCAUCAUUUUUAUUCACUUUCAUUUCAAGACUCAAGAUGGAAACAGCAGCCGCUUUCGGGUCAUCUUUCAGCAGCAUUUCUUACGGACCGCCCAACCGGUUCUUCCGAUCCGGGGCUACCCGACCCGAGUUCCUGUGCUUUCGAUCCAAAUCCCUUAUCUCGACCCCAUGGGUUCAGGGACAACAAUCUAUUUCUCAUGUGAAGCUUGGAAACAGGAAAGUGAAUUUUGUAACCAGAAAGGGCUUUUUAAUUAGAGCAUCGAUGCAAUCUUCUGAUUCUGCCGGUUCAGCUGCUCCUAUUGCUCCACUUCAACUAGAGUCUCCAAUUGGACAAUUUCUCUCUCAAAUUCUGACAAGUCACCCACACCUUGUUCUCGCUGCAGUAGAACAGCAACUCGAACAGCUUCAAACUGACAGUGAUGCAGACAAAGAGAAAGAAGAACCAUCUGCAUCUGGCACCGACCUAGUAUUGUACAGGAGAAUUUCUGAGGUGAAGGCUAAUGAAAGGAGAAAGGCCUUGGAAGAGAUAUUGUAUGCCUUGGUGGUGCAGAAAUUCAUGGAUGCCAACGUGUCACUGGUUCCCACUAUAGUCCCUUCAACAGACAAUUCUGGUCGAGUUGAUACAUGGCCCAGCCAAGAAGGGAAGCUUGAGAGUCUCCAUUCUCCAGAAGCUUAUGAGAUGAUCCAAAAUCACCUGGCUCUUAUUUUGGGAAACCGAUUAGGUGAUUCAACAUCAGUAGCUCAAAUAAGCAAAUUACGGGUUGGCCAAGUUUAUGCAGCAUCUGUGAUGUAUGGAUAUUUCCUCAAGCGAGUCGACCAGAGGUUUCAAUUGGAGAAGACGAUGAAAAUCCUUCCACAGGGGAUCGACAAUGAAGAGAUUAAAAUCCAAAAGGAGAGGAACCCUAGUGUUGAAAGGAGUGACAAAUCUCUUGAGAGUGCUCAACCCCACCCCGAAGUGUCAUCAUUGUCUGAUGGAGGUUUCGGUCCUGCGAUGAAGCCUUCAAGAUUGCGAAAUUACGUGAUGUCGUUUGAUGGAGAGACACUUCAGAGAUAUGCAACGAUCCGAUCUAAAGAGGCUGUUAGUAUCAUUGAGAAGCAUACCGAAGCAUUGUUUGGUCGACCUGAAAUUGUUAUUACUCCUGAAGGUACCAUUGAUACUUCCAGAGAUGAACUCAUCAAGAUCAGUUUUGGUGGUUUGAGAAGACUUGUUUUGGAAGCAGUGACUUUUGGUUCAUUCCUCUGGGAUGUUGAAAGCUAUGUCGACUCAAGGUACCAUUUUGUUGCAAAGUAAGCUCUGUUGACACUUCUCUUGGCAAAAUAAAAUUUGUGGGGGAGGCUUUACUGACCAAAAAUAUGCUAUAACGGGAAAUAUCAUGCACUAAUUGCUCUGUAAAUAUGGUUCAUCUUAAAUUACUUGUGAUGAAGUCAUAAUUUGCUAACGUACUUCAUGUGAGAUUUAGUAAAUUUUCUCGUGGGAUUUAUAACUGAUUCUCUCACUUAAAUUCUGUCCUGUUGCUGAAAUUUUAGUUUGGUGCUAUGGUUUCCUUCAUAUGGUUGAUAGUAUUUAAAAUAUUUCAUAGUGGUUCUUUAUUUUCUUUGAUUGGAAUCCCGGAAACUGGUAGCUGGUAUCCAAAUUGUGUAUGUUAUGGUGUGGUUAAGUCUUGUUGAAUAAAGCAACGGUCCUAAUGUUCAGGUUU